AUGUCCUUCACACCGCCCUACAAGUACGUAGACGCGGAUGCGCUCGCACAAGAACUGCGUUCGCGUGCUGCCCAGCCGAAAAAGCUGGCGGUCGUCGACGUGCGCGACGACGACUACGAAGGUGGCCACAUUGUCGGUGCGAUCCAUGCGCCGUCGUCGACGUUCCUGGACCGUGUCGACUCGCUCGUGAAGGAUAUGGCGGACUAUGAACAGGUCGUCUUUCACUGCUCUUUGUCACAGCAGCGGGGACCCAAGUCUGCGCGCAUCUUCCGCGAGACGCGCGACGCACAGACGGCGGCCGGCAAGCUCUCGGGGGCCACGGAGCAGCAGGUGCUCGUGCUCCGCGACGGCUUUGCGAACUUUGGCCCCAAGUUCAAGGACGACAAGGAUCUCGUGCAAGACUGGGACGAAGAGUCGUGGAAGUGGCGUUAA